AUGAAGUCCUUCAUCGCAGUUCCUGCUCUCUUCGCCCUCGGCGCCCUGGCCGACGGAUGGGCCUUUACCUGGACGUUCUCCAACGGACACAGCACCUGGACCUCGUGCACGUCUGCCGCUGCGAAUGCAACUGUUGCCCCCGUCGAGGUCUCUACGUCCAACGCUCCCUGGUCCGAAUGGACAUCCACAACCUCUUACACGGCGACUUAUAGCUCCGGUGCCUCGACAUGGGGCAUCCCGACAGCCGUGAGCUACAGUGUGGCGUCCAACUUCACGAGCAUGAUCCCUGCACCGACGACAAGCACUCAAGCGACCGCCACCGCAGUGGCGCCCACGACUUCUGCGCCAGCUACUUCAGUCGAGGCGUCCAAGACUUCUGCCGCCCCAUCUGCAUUCACCGGCGCCGCCGCUCCCAACGUCAACGGGAAGAUUGCCGGUAUUGGUGCUGUCGCCAUGGCUGGGUUGGCAUUGGUUCUGUAG